AUGGCCGGGGCCAAACCGGGAGUCCACGCGCUGCAGCUCAAACCCGUGUCCGUCCAUGAGGCACUCAAGAAAGGGGGCAAAUUCAUCAAAUGGGACGAGGAGCCCAGCAGCGCGUCACCCACUCUAGUAACCCUGAAAGUCGACCCAGGUGGUUUCUUCCUCUACUGGACGGGAGCCGCCAACAUGGAAGUGGAGAUCCUGGACAUCAGUACCAUCAGGGACACCAGAACAGGAAAAUACGCCAAGCAACCAAAGGACCCUAAGCUUCGAGAUUUGCUCGGUUUCGGGAAAGGCGAAAACGUAGAGGGGAAGCUUGUCACCGUCGUCCAUGGCAACGACCUGGUCAACAUCUCCUUCCUCAACUUCCAGGCUAUGCAGGAAGACACAGCUAAGGUUUGGACUGAUGAGCUCUUCACUUUGGCCACAAACAUUCUCUCCCAGAAUGCAUCGCGGAGCACAUUUCUCUUCAAAGCGUACAUCAAGUUAAAGCUGCAGGUGAAUCAGGAAGGAAAGAUCCCAGUUAAGAAUUUCCACAAGAUGUUUUCAGACAAAAGGCGAGUGGAGACAGCUCUGGAGCAGUGCGGUCUUGUCAACAACAAGACGGACGGAUUGAAGCCAGAUGAUUUCACAUGGGAGGCCUUUCAGAAGUUUCUCAGCAGUCUGUGCCUGCAUUCCGAGAUUCAAAGCAUUUUUGUGGAAAGUGGCUCUAAGGGGAAGCCUUUCAACUCCUUGGACCAGCUGACGGAGUUUAUCAACCGCCGGCAGAGGGAUUCCCGCCUGAACGAGGUGCUGUACCCGCCACUCAAAAGAGAGCAGGUCCGACAGAUCAUGGAGAAAUACGAGACGAACAUCAGCCAGCUUGAGAGAGACCAGAUUAGCUUGCAGGCUUUCGAAAAGUAUCUAGAAGGGGAGGAAAACAGCAUCGUUCCUCCAGAGAGGCUGGACGUCAUCGACGACAUGACUCAACCGCUGUCGCACUACUUCAUCAAUUCCUCGCACAAUACGUAUCUCACAGUGGGUCAACUGACCGGUUUGUCCUCGGUGGAGAUGUACAGACAGGUGCUGCUCACCGGCUGCCGCUGUAUCGAACUGGACUGCUGGAAGGGUCGACCGCAGGACGAGGAGCCUUACAUCACCCAUGGUUUCACCAUGACUACUGAAAUCCCUUUCAAGGAGGUAAUCGAAGCCAUUGCUGAGAGCGCGUUCAAGACCUCGCCAUACCCGCUCAUCCUGUCCUUUGAAAAUCAUGUGGAUUCGGCCAAGCAACAAGCCAAAAUGGCCGAGUAUUGCCGCACCAUAUUUGGGGAUGCCUUGCUCAUUGAUCCGCUGGAAAAGUAUCCACUGGUCCCAGGCCAGCCGCUACCCUCGCCGCAAGAGAUGAUGGGCAAGAUUCUCAUCAAAAACAAGAAGAAGCAUCAGCACAACCGGCCCUCAAGCGGUGGAAGUAUACGACGACGGGAGCAGGGGGAACAGUCUUCGCCCCACAACGACUGCCCUCUAUUGGAAGGCGAUGGAGUGCAAAUCCUGUCCAAUGCGGAGGAGAAGCUUGCAGAGAGGAUGGUGAAAGACUCUGAUCCUCGCAAGUCCAUCGGAGGGGAGGGGGAGAGCGAGUACGAAGACGAUGACGAACCGCCGACGGAGCCGAAAAGGCCAAAUUCAGAUGAGGGGACAGCGAGCAGCGAAGUUAACGCCACGGAAGAGAUGUCCACGCUUGUCAAUUACAUCGAACCGGUCAAAUUCAAGAGCUUUGAACAAGCUACCAAGAGGAAGAAAUUUUUUGAAAUGUCAUCAUUUGUGGAAACCAAAGGGAUGGAUACCUUAAAGAGCUCCCCCAUCGAGUUUGUUGAGUACAACAAGAACCAACUAAGCCGAAUCUAUCCGAAGGGAACGAGGGUGGACAGCUCCAACUACCUCCCACAGCUCUUCUGGAACGUUGGCUGCCAGAUGGUGGCGCUGAACUUCCAGACGCUUGAUCUGGCCAUGCAGCUAAACAUGGGCGUGUUUGAGUACAACGGCCAUAGCGGCUACCUGUUGAAGCCCGAGUUCAUGAGGAGAACAGACAAACAUUUUGACCCUUUCACAGAGAACAUAGUGGAUGGAAUCGUUGCCAACACAGUCAAAGUGAAGGUGAUCUCAGGCCAGUUCCUAAGCGAUAAAAAAGUUGGCGUAUAUGUGGAAGUGGACAUCUUCGGACUUCCUGCAGAUACAAAACGAAAAUACAGGACGAAAACCUCAAACGGGAACUCGCUGGAUCCUGUUUGGGAUGACGACACGUUCAUCUUUAAUAAGGUGGUCCUCCCAACGUUGGCCUCUUUGAGAAUCGCCGUUUUUGAAGAGAACGGCAAGUUCAUCGGGCAUCGCAUCCUCCCCGUAUCUGCCAUCAGACCAGGUUACCAUUACAUCAAUCUCAAGAACGAAUUGAACCAACCCCUUCUUCUGCCGUCUCUGCUGGUCUACACGGAGGCUCAGGACUACAUUCCUAAUGAACACCAAGAGUACGCCGAGGCCUUGACCAAUCCCAUUAAACAUGUCAGCCAGCUGGACAAAAGAGAGACACAACUGGCUGUUCUCCUUGAGGAGAACUACGAGCAUUUCCCCAACCAGCCCAGAGAUGGCGAGACGAAGAGGGAGUGCGAGGUCACCCCGGGGGGCGUCGUGCCGCCCUUCCCAGUUCCUUGCCGACCAGAGGAUUGCCCCGACAUCCUCCAGCCAGCACAAUGCCAAAAGGAAGACCUCAUCGCUGUUGUUCUGGCAGACGUGCAGGCGCAGACCAUUGAGGAACUGAAGGAGCAGAAAAACUACUUGAAGCUCAUCAAGAAGCAGAGUAAAGAUCUCAAAGAGUUGCGAAAGAAACAUCUAAAGAAGGUGUGGAAUCUGAGUAAAGAGCAGAAGACUCGGAGUUCAAAGCUGGAGUGUGAUGUGCAAAGGCGGCGCAGUCAGAUGGAGAAGAACCUUAAACGCAGUGUCAAGAAGAAUGAACCUCAAGAGCCGGUGCGGCAAGAACUUACUGCCUUGGAUCAGGAGCAUGAAAAAAAGACUGUGCAGCUCCGGGAAUGGCAGAUGCAGGAACUACUGAAGCUCCGGCAGCAGCUCUACUCGCUGGAGAGGGAGAAGCAGCAAGCGUACCUGCAGGAGUCCUUCCAGAAGUUGAAGGAAACUGCGCACGAAUGCCAAGCGGCUCAGCUCAAGAAGCUCAGGGAGAUUAACGAGAGGGAGAAGAAAGAUCUUCAGAAAAUCCUGGACAGAAAGCGGCAGAAUAGCAUCAGUGAAGCAAAGAGUCGGGAUAAAGAAAAAGCUGAGAUAGAGCUGAAUGACAUCAAUAGGAAACACAUUCAAGACUCUGUCAGCCUAAUACGCAGGCUAGAGGAGGCUCAAAGCAGGAGGUUGGACAAGCUUAAGCUUAGGCAACGAGAGGUGCUACAACAUAUUGACGAGGAGUUGCCGAUGCUUCAGGCAAAGCUGGACAGCAGCUUGGAGGACGAGUUCCUCAAUCUCCCAGAGGAAAUCCGCCAGCAUCUGCAGAUGGAGCUCCAAAACAAAGGACUGCGCAAUAACGCCCUGUUCUCGCCCCAGUCCAACAACAGCAGCCCGGGCUCGGGUUCUGGCCCGCCUUCCAACUGCUCGACGCCCAGCGACCCAUCCACCCCCAAUCGAAGCACGUGGAACCGGAGCAUGGAGAAUAUAGCACCUUCGCUAAAUGACUCCACCUCCUCCUCAUCGACCGCCAUCUUCUCCGAGGUGGACUAUCUAUAA